AUAUAGGCCUCGGCAAUGGAAAACCUCCCAAGGUAUCAAAACCAUAUCAUCCAAACCAAGAAGAUGCUCAUGAUCAAAACCCUAGCAAUUCUCUCCCUCCUCUUGGCCCUGACCCGCGGCGGCUCCGCUGAGCAGUGCGGCAGCCAGGCUGGCGGCAAGCUGUGCCCGGGAGGGCAGUGCUGCAGCAAGUACGGUUGGUGUGGCACCGCGCCUGAAUAUUGCACCAACGGAUGCCAAAGCCAAUGCGGUGGAGGCGGGGGAGGCGACGUUAGUGGCCUCAUCUCGAGAGAUACAUUCAAUCAGUUGCUGAAGCACCGGAACGACGCCGGCUGCCCCGCCAAAGGGUUCUACACGUACGACGCUUUUGUCGCGGCCGCGAAGUCGUUCCCGGCGUUCGGGACCACUGGCGACGCGGCCACGCGUAAGCGGGAGAUCGCGGCUUUCUUGGCACAGACUUCCCAUGAAACGACAGGUGGGUGGGCUAGCGCACCGGACGGGCCAUAUUCAUGGGGAUAUUGCUAUCUGAAGGAGCAAAACCCAAGCGCGUAUUGCUCUCCUAAUCCGACCUACCCCUGUGCUCCUGGCAAGCAAUACUACGGCCGGGGUCCAAUACAGCUCUCAUGGAACUAUAACUACGGGCAAUGCGGCAGGGCAAUAGGAGUGGACCUCCUCAAGAACCCGGACCUGGUGGCGACCGACCCUGUCGUCUCGUUCAAGACGGCCAUCUGGUUCUGGAUGACCCCGCAGUCGCCCAAGCCAUCCUGCCACGGCGUCAUCACAGGGCAGUGGGCCCCAUCCGCGGCGGACAAGUCAGCAGGGCGGGUCGUGGGGUACGGGACCGUGACCAACAUCAUCAAUGGAGGCCUCGAGUGCGGCAGAGGGAAGGACGCGAGGGUGGAGGACCGGAUCGGGUUCUACAAGAGAUACUGCGACAUACUCGGAGUGGGUUAUGGCAACAACCUCGACUGCUACAGCCAAAGGCCAUUCGGGUCUGGUCUCCUUGUGGAUACCAUGUAACUUCUAGCAGGCUUUUGCCUCAGUAGCGGUCGAAAACUAUGGUAUGGUUUAUAGAUCGUACAAAUCAAGUUCAUGUCGACUAUUAAUUAUGGUGGGCUCUAUAUGUGGUAUCUACAUAAUUAGCAGAUGGGGAUGAUACGACUUAUAACGUACGUAAUAACGUGGUGAGCUAUACUGAUUAAGCAAAGUCAUGCUUGUUGACUUGUGACUCGUUGUGUAUGAUUUCAAUCAAUGAAAUAAAACAGCUACGGUCUUCCACUGUCGGAUUACGACGUCAGUAAA